AUGACAUCUAAAGUAUUUCAAUUGAGUGCCGAGGCAAUGGGAACAGAGAUAGUCACAAUCUACGUUGGCCCCAAGCGCAAGCCUUUCGUCCUCCACAAGAAGCUGCUCUGCGAUCGAUCCGAGUUCUUCUCGAAGGCCUUGAACGGUGGCUUCAAGGAAUCCGCCGAGGGUAUUAUGUACCUCCCUGAAGACGACGCCGAUGUGUUCGAGGUCACGAACAUGUUCAUCUACCAAGACGCCCUGCCAGCCUUUCCGAGUGACAAGUAUCCAGCAACCGCGGCUGGCACACGCACCUUCAUCAACGUCGUCUUGUUCCAACAAUUCGCCUUUGCUUCCAAAAUAUGUUUCGACUAUCUUGCCAAUCGAGUCAUGGAUAUGAUACAGGACGUGCAACGAGAACAGACUCGAUUCCCAGUCCUCCCCAUGAUCGCAUUCGCGUACCAGAACACCAGCGAAAAGAGCAAACUGCGGAUCUACUGUGUUCUGAUGUGUCUGCUCAUGGUCAAUUGGAGGGCAAAGGGUGUAUCUAUCAACGUUACGCACCAGGACCAAGGCAAAGCCUUAGGAGAGGUGGUACAACGACACCCCGACUUCGGAUCGGAUUAUCUGGAAUAUGAAUGGAAAUAUGUGCAGAUGUUCCGUGAGGGAAAGCUGAGAGUAUUGAAUAUUCUAAAGCGGACCGAUGAAGGGGGAUUGGGACGAUGUUUCUUCCACAGUCAUCUCAAGAAUAGCACAUGCCACCUUGACUUGGAAAAAGUUUAG